UUGACAUCAUUUCAAUGGCUGAAACAACAAUGAUGCCUGAGGAAAUAGAGCUUGAGAUGGCAAAGAUCCAGAGACUUCGGGAAGUCUUAGUCAGAAGAGAAUCGGAACUCAGGUUUAUGAUGGAUGACAUCCAGCUGUGCAAAGACAUUAUGAACCUUAAGAAAGAGCUGCAGAGUUUGGUAGCAAUCCCAGAAAAAGAGAAAACAAAGAUGGAGAAGCAAAGAGAGGAUGAACUGAUUCAGAAGAUCCAUAGACUUGUACAAAAAAGAGAUUUUCUUGUAGAUGAUGCAGAGGUGGAGCGAUUACGAGAGAAAGAAGAAGACAAAGAGAUGGCUGAAUUCCUUCGCACUAAGUUAAAACCCUUAGACAAAGCAACACAAUCUCUUACAAGCAGCCCAGCAGAAAAGAAGGCAGAACCUCCUCCAAGCAAGCCCACCAUUGCCAAGGCAGGAUUGGCUAUUAUUAAAGAUUGUUGUGGGGCCACACAAUGCAACAUCAUGUAGCUCUGGGCUCUCUACCACGUUUGUCUUUCCAAAUAUUUUCAUUGAAUGAAACUGCAGGGUGAGGGGAACAACCAGUGUCCCACUAACAGAAUCGAG